AUGGCUACGGCGGCUUGGCUGCAUGGCCCCAAUAAUAUGCGGCUGACGGAGGGUCUGGUGUCUGCUCUGAAAGAAGACCGACCUGAAUACUUACCUGCACUAUUAGCAAAUUACAGAGAGCAUGGCGUGGUUGGGAUUCAGAGCACGGGUACUGUCGGUGGACUUGUGGGGCUGAGCAAUGCACGACUCGGAUCAAGCAAAACCAGGUUCGAAGGCUUGUGUUUGCUCUCAGUGUUGGUGAAGGACAGUUCCAGUGAGGUGUUUCAGCAGCACUGUCUGUCAUGGUUAAGGUCUCUUCAGCAGGUCAUUCAGUCCCAGGCCCCUUUACCCUCGGUACAGCUGGCGGUCAGCGUGCUACAGGACGUGCUUCAGUACUCGUCCCAGCUGCCGGAGCUGGCCAGGGAGGUGGGUCUCAACUCGAUCCUGGGGAUUCUCACCUCCCUUCUGGGUCUCAAGACAGAGUGCCACCUAGCGGCCAUGGAGGGAAUGAUGGCAUGUAUGACCUAUUACCCCAAGGCUUGUGGGUCCAUGAGGGAAAAGCUUGGGGCCUACUUCCUGUCUAAGAUGGACUCUGAUAACCCAAAGGUUCAAGAGAUUGCUAGUGAGUGUUAUGGGCGUCUGCCUUGCCUGGGUGGUGUGCUGGAGAGAGGCGGAGGAGGGCGUAGGGCUGAGGGCUGGACCAAUCAACUGCAUUGCCUACUGGCAUCGGCCAAUAGCUUGCUGGGACAACUGUACCAGGGGGCUGAGUCAGAGGGAACGGUACAGUAUGAAGGGCCGGGUGUGGAGCUGCCCUUCUCCCCUUUAGAUGAUAUGGACCCUCUGUUAGUGCUUCAGCUGCAGCAUCGCUACAGGGCAGUGUGUCUGGCCCUCAAACACACACUCAGUGUGGAUCCAGCGUGCCCUGUUCGUUUGCCCGUUCAGAAUGUGCUGAACCUGGUCUGUCGCGCUCUGGCGGUCAGCGGCAAGACCAUUAAUGUGACAGGUGAUGGCUGUCUGAAGCUACUAGUUUUACCCUCAACACACAUCGACACUCUGGAUUUGCUUUCUGCUUUAAUUAAAGCUGUUGGGAGAGGGCUAGUGCAGUACUGUAGUGUCCUCACUAGACUGUUCUCUCAGUCUUUGUCUGUGUGGACCCCCCUACCAGAGGCCAGUCUGGGGCAACAGAGAGCCUACAGCGCUGUAAGGGUGGCUCUUUACCGAACAUUAGAAUUAUGGGUAAGGGUAGGAGGAGCCUCUACCUCUGUUCUUCAGGGAAGCACCACCCACUCAGAGAUACUGUUCGCUCACCUAAUGGGUGACAUCACACCAGGAGCAGAAGCUGUCAAGCUUAGAGCAGCACAGUCUGCAAUGUCAGACCUUGUCGGCCCUGCUGGGAAGGCGGGUCCUCGGCGGACAAAGGGGCUGGGCAUUGGCGAUACGGGUGGAGUCUCGCUACAGAGGAAAGGAGAUGCUUUAGCCAAUCAGGACACAUGUCUGUCUGCUCUUCGAGCUCUUAGACAGAUUGUUCUGACCAGUGGAACUCUGCUAAAGGAGGAUCUGCACAAGAGGCUGCAGGACCUGGUCGUCCCUCUCUGCGUGCGUCUGCAGCAGCAGCAGGCCCACGGCGGCUGUGACGCUGGGGCGGUUAGCGGCCAGUACGGGAGCGCUGCCCCUCGCCGCGAGCUCUACCGCCUCCUGCUGGCCAUGGUUCUGGUGCCGUCCCCCCGCUGGCCUCCCCCUCUCUCCUGCGCCGUGUCCGUGUUCAGCAACGGACGCCGCGACCGCGCCAUCACGGUUUCUUCAUUCUGUGCUGAAGCCUUGACCAUAUGCAAUACGUUGCUUCACCCCCGUUCCCCUUCGAUAUCUCUCCCUCUGCCCCCCCUCGCGCUCAAACCUACCCCUUCAGCCCCCAUCCAUGCUCCCUCCCAGAAUCCAUCUCUGUCUCUCCCCCCCCUUCUGGGUGCACCCACGCCAGGCCACCCCUUCCCUGCCCGACACCCGCUCAGCAUUGGCCCGGCAGCUCUUCUGGGGUCCCUGGAGAACCAUCUCCCUCUGGCUCCUUCAGUUCUGCCCACCCCAGCUGGUCCCACCGCCAGCCCAGGCGACCUGCUUCUCUCCUCGGCUCAGCCAAGUGAGCUAGCUGGGGUCGGAGCUCCUGAGGGCCAGCGGCAGGUGUUUGUCCGUUACGAUAAAGAAGAAGCGGAGGACGUGGAGAUUUCUCUGGAGAGCGAUUCGGACGACAGCGUCGUCAUCGUGCCCCCGGGCAUGCUUAUGAUGGAGGCGCAAGACGGAGCGGCUAACGCGCAAACGCUACCUCCUCCUCCAACAGGGGGCACUGUUCCAGUAACUACGGCCGGACCUGGAGGUGAUGCAGGGGUGGGCGAAACUUCCCUCCCCAAUGACCUCCCCACAUCCAUCACGCAUCAGAUCUUGCCAUCCAAUGACAACAACAUCAAUUCCUUCCCGGGCCCGAGCCAAGCGGCACAGCUUGUCUCGCUCGUGCCUCCUUUGAACUCCACUGUGACACCGCUCACAGCGCCCUCUGGUGGCCUGGGGGAAUCACUGUCUGGAAGUGCUCAGCUCCAACAGAUGCUCAUGCAGCCUCCCCCAGGCGGGCAGCCGACACAGCUGGGCCUGCCCAUACAGAUACAGCUCCAGAGCCAAAUGGCCCCGUCCACCCGCCAAAUUCAGCCCCAGCAACCGCAAGGUCCCAACGACGAAGAUCAAAACGUCAUCAACAUUAACAGCUCAGAUGACGAGGACGAAGAGGAUGAGGAGAUGGAGGACGAAGAUGAGCUCGGCGAGGAGGAAGAAGAGGAAGAGGGCCUAGAGGACGAAGAAGAGGAAGAGGACGGAAGCGAUUACCCUGAGGAAGAGGAAUAUUACGACGCAGAGGAGUAUGACGACUAUGAGGAGGAGGAGGGCGAAGAAUUGGAGGAGGAGGAGGAAGAAGAAUCAGAAGAGAUCCCACCAUUAGAGGGUGAGAACAGGAGAGGCCUGAUCGGAGGAGAGGAAGGGGAGGUGAUGAUUAGAGGAGAAGGAGAGGUUGAGAGGGGGAUGGGUAUGUUCUGUGUGGAGAGAGAGCGGCAGCCGGAAGGAGGGACCGAGGAAAUGGAGGCGGGGGGAGCAGUUUACACAGAAGAAACGGUGAAGGAACAGGAUGAAGGGAACGCGGAAGAGAGGGAGAACAGUGGAAUGGGAGAGAGAGACGGGGGUGUGGCCAGCGAACAGCUGAUGGAAGCUCAGUUGAUUGGUGGGCCCACUGAGCAGAGAGAGCAAGAGACCAGUGAACAGGUGGCUGAACAGGAAGUGAGCUCAUGGGAACAGGAAGGGGCUGUGUCUGAGGGAAUGCCCGUCUCAACCGAGUCGAGCGUCCUUUGCCAGGGUCAGGACGUCCCAACGGAGGUCAUAGGUCACGAACAGGGACCAGAAACGGAACCGGAAGACCAACCCAAACAGAGCGCGGAACCCAACCGAGAGGAGGCCGCGUCGCAACACGUCGAGGCAGCAAAGGAGCAAGAGGAGGUUCGCGACGAAAACGGAGAAGGAGAGGACGGGAGAGGGACGAAGAGAAAGAUGGAAGAUCGAGGUGAAGAGGAGACUGAGCAGCAGAGCAGCGAAAAGAAAAAGCUGGAUGACGAAGCCAUGGCCUCUAUGCUGGCUGAUUUUGUGGACUGUCCUCCCGAUGAAGAGGAGCACGGAACGUCACAGUCGCAUUCCUAAACCCGACUGGCACGCCAUUCCCACAGUUUGUUUUGACUCCCAGAGAGACAGGUUCCGACGCGUGCUGUGUCCAGGCGAAAUUCACGGCUGUGAGAACGCAGCGCGUUUUUCUUUCUCCACCCCCCCCCCACCCCCCCACCCCGGUGUGACCGCUUCGUCUCUACGAGACUGGACGAAG